GCUCCACCACACCAGUUAGUUAAGUCAAAAGAAAAGUUCCUUUUGAUCAAGUGUUUACAGUGUGUUAGUAACGUCAAAUAUACUUUUAUUUAAUGCUGCUGAUGUGUUAAGGUGUGAUGAUGUAGAGUAAUAUUAAAUACAAGACUUGAUUUGCACACUAGAAAACGUAAGAGACUCACGUGUUAAGCGGAUGGUAUUUAGAACUGGGGAGUAGACACCAUGACUAUUGCUACGAGAGGACAGGGGAUCGCUGUGGACCCGCCUCCUGAUGGCCAGAAUAAUGUACAGAGCUGGGACAGAUUGUGGGACUGCUGAUGUUAUCUCAUGGUCAACUGGUAAUCAGUUCCCAAACAUUGUCCAGCUGUUUUCCUCUGACACUGACACUGAGUCUACAUGAGGACAAGUUCUAACAGCUGAUGUCACUGUCACACCAUGUGCUGGACAUGUCACCGCCUCCACAGGGACCUUCCCCUCAGGCACCUCGAGGCUCAACCUCACCCAGGGUUGGUGGUCUGGAGACCGAGCCAAGGGACGACCGGCGGAGAGGAAGACUCAACGCUGAACUGCUAAUAGAGGUCUUGGCUGGAAACACAGAUUCAGUAAAAAGGUGUCUAGAAACAGGGUCAUCAGUCAACGCCACAUGUCGCCCAACCCUUACCUCCGCACUACAUCUAGCAGUGGCUUGCAGACAUGAGGACAUCGCAAGACUGCUGCUGUCCUGGGGGGCAGACGUCUUGCGACGUGACCUGGAGGGGAGACAGGCCAUCCAUGUGGCAGCAGCUGUCGGCGAUCCAGUGUUGUUACGUCUGCUGCUGCAACGAGAUUCCGACAUGGUCAACAGUCAGGUGGUGCCCUCACGUGAGGCUGAGGACACACUGAGUCUAGACUGCUGGAGCCACGAUCAUAGCUCUGUCUCUGACAAGAUUCCUCAAGUUGCACAAAAAUCAUCUCCUCUUCACCAAGCUGCUCAAAGAGUCAACUUAACUUGUGUAAUACUUUUGCUUGAACAAGGAGCUAAAGUUGAUGUUAAAGAUGGAAGAGAUUUAACUCCUUUGGAUGUGGUGGGAGAAAUAACAAUAGGAAAGGCAGUUGGCUUGUCUAAGUCCUCAAAAACACCUAGUGACAUGCAAAACAUUAUUAACUGCUUAUUGCAAAAAGGUGCUAAAUUUACAAUACGGAAAAGCACUCUAGGUCAAGGAGUUGAAAACCAAGUUACAAUGGAAGUUAACUGCCUUCACACUGCUGUAUUGCAAGAGGAUCCACAGCUAAUUGAAUUUCUGCUUGAUAAUGAAGCUAGUCUGAGUAUUUUGAAUGGUGAAGGCCUUACACCACUUCAUCUUGCAGUAUCUAAACGUCUUCUUGAGCCCCUCAGAAUUAUAUUGGAGAAAAAUCAAUCCAUACAGGUACUGGAUGCCGUUGACUUCCAAGGGCGUACUCCAUUACAUCUCGCUGUUGCCCAGAUGUGGUUGCCAGGAGUCAGUCUUCUGUUGGAGGCUGGAGCUGAUGUAAAGGUCACUUCUAGUGAAGGUCAAACAGUGUUACACAUGGCUGUGGCUACUCAUCAGCCAGAUCUGCUGAAGGAGCUACUUACAAUCAGGGAAGCAGUCAAUAUGAUCGAUGCACGCAACAGACACCAUGAAACACCACUAAGCUGGGCUGUGUCCAUGGGUCAGUUGGCCUGUGUGGAGGUUCUUCUUGCCAAGGGAGCAGACGUCACUAUCAAGCUGCCUGGAAAGUGCAGUCUCAUACACUUAUGUGCCAUCAGAGGUCACAGCUCAGUUUUGGCAGAAAUCCUGAAGUACCCUCGCAUGGCAAUGUUCAAGAACUCACAGACCAACGAGCAGAAUGGUGGCUUGACUGCCCUCCACCUAGCGGCUCUGGAGGGAUCCACAUCCUGUGCGGAUGUCCUUUUAGCUGCAGGAUGUGAUGUGCACAAAGUGUCCUUCCAGUGUCCUUACCGCAAAUCAACGCCCUUACAUGUCGCUGCCAUGAAAGGGCGUUCUAAGAUAGUCCUAGCAAUUGUAAAUCACGAUUUAAGCACCCUCAAGGCUAAAAACGAAGAUAAAUGGUAUCCAUUACACGUUGCGGCUAGGUUUUCAAACCAUGAAUGUGUCAAAAUAAUGUUACUCAACGGAGCGAAUUUGGCAACAACCGUUUUGGAUUCAGAUUUCAAAAAAAGAACAGCUUUUGACAUAAUUGUUUGCAACAUACUUGAUCCAGCUGCCUUUGUUAAUGAUGUGUUUGACUGCUACAUUCAAGUAAAUGAAUACCCGUUGAAUAGCAACGAGUGUGAGAUAAAAGUGAAUUAUGACAUUCUUCAACCUCUCGGACCAGAUAGGAAACAAAUGAAAGUGUUAGACUCUCUGUUGAACUGUAAGAAAUGUGCAGUGCAAGAAAACGUGCUGUUACACCCUCUGAUUCAAACCUUUCUACAUCUAAAAUGGAGGAGGAUGAGAGUUCUUUUCUUUGUCAUAAUGGCACUGUACAUGAUGUUUACCUUGUCACUCACCUCAACAGCAAUGUGUUAUUAUGUUCUCUGGGGACAGAUACAUUCAAGAUUCUUGUAUUUGGUAACCUGUGGUUGUAGCUUCACUUUGGGAAUCUCUCUCCUCAUCAUAACCAUACAGGAGCUUCUCCAGGCGUUCAGAAUGCAGCGUUACUACUUCAAGGACCUGGAAUCCUGGAUCAAGUGGUCUUCCUUCAUUCUGUCUUUCCUGGUGCUACUGGGCGAUCAUCCUACCGAAUGGCUGGCCCAAGUGGCGUCAGUUGCUGUGCUUCUGUCCUGGCUAGAGCUUCUUUUUCUUCUUUCCCGUUGGCCUUCCACUCUUGGAUUCUACAUCGUCAUGUUCUUCACUGUUGCCAGAAAUGUAUUUACGGUGUUGGCUACGUUUCUGUUUGUCAUCCUUGGAUUCAUGUUCGCCUUCAUGAUCCACUUCCGAGACUCCGGUCAGUUCACAGACGUGUGGAGAUCGUUCACCAAGGUCCUGGUUAUGACCUUUGAGUUAGACUAUGAGAAGAUGUUCCGGACAGUAAACGGUAUGAAUGCUGUGGUGGGCCGUGGCAUCUUUCUGUACUUCAUGGUGUUGAUGGCGAUCGUCUUGAUGAACCUUCUGGUUGGUAUAGCGGUCAGCGACAUUGCCAUGCUUGAGAAGCAAGGAAGAGCAAGACGGCUCGCAAAGCAAAUUGACUUCCUCAGCAUGCUGGAAUCGUAUGUCUACAAUAGAUAUUUAUUUGCGUUUUGCCCAAACAAACUUUCCAAAAUUAUUAGAAGAUUUAGAGCUGUAGAUCGGGUGCUAAAAUUUUACCCGGGUAGGCCACGAAAGAGAGGUAACCAAUUGACUGAGGACUUAAUACAAUCUUUGAUUGACAAUGUCGUAAGGCAACGCAGCAACUGCAAAAAGAAAAACUGUGAAGUUGGUUGCAUCGGAGAUGAUGUCUCUGUACUGAGAACGCUGUAAUUGUAAACAACAAUAAAAAACAUAGCUGUAAAGUAAAAUAUUUUUUUACUACAUUAUACAUACUAUUGUACAAUAAUAACUAAGUAAUCUGGCUAUGUAAAAUUACUGUUGCAAAAGUCUUUAAGUUUCUGAGAAAACAUAGGUUAUACUUAGAAAAGUAAGUAACUUUGGUAUUAUCAGUGGUAAUCCAAAAUAGUACAAUUUUACCGAUAAUCUGAUCUUUAUAUUUUAUUCCAACAUGCGCUGAAAGUAGGAUCAGAAUUAACUAACUAGUGCUCAAAAUUUUUACUAUUUAAAAGAUUAGCUUUCUCACUAUGACUCUAUCAUUAAUAAUACUUUUGAAGUCUAAGAUCUAAGAUCUUGGAUAGAUCUAUGUAAAUAAUUCUAAGUUCUAUUCUUGUUAAUUAAUGAACAAAAAAUUAGAAGAGUAAGUGCUUUGGAAUACUAUAGCUUAGUAGAUCUUUAUUUUAAAAUAUCGGUAGGGAAGUAAUAAAAAAUAAUACC